AUGGCUUCGCCACAUCAAGCACAACAACAGAACCUCCCCCACGGCGAUGAAAAGGUCUGCCUGAUCGGGCUCGGCGCGAUCGGGAUCUCGUUCCUGGCGCUGCACCUGACAUACACAUCGGCGCAGCUAUCCGUGUACGACCCACGGCCGGAUCUAGAGUCGCACCUCUCGUCCAUCCUGCCGCUCUACCUGCCGCAAGGUCCGACGUCCCCAGGACUGUCCGUGGCGGAGCUUCGCUCUCAAGGGCGACUGCGGAUCUGCAGCACGCUGGACGACGCGCUCGUGGGCGCGACGAUCGUACAGGAGCAAGGUCCCGAGAACGAGGCGUUCAAGCGGUGGACGUGGCGGAGCGUGCUCCCCAAGGUCGCGGCGAGUUGUAGGCUGUGGAGCUCCACGAGCGGGAUUUCCGCGAGCAGGCAGCUUGCUGGUCUGGAGGACGGUGGGCAUGCGGGCGAGGAGACGCUGGAAAGCGAUCUGGCGACUAGCGCCCGCGAACGACUCCUCGUCGUGCACCCGUUCAACCCGCCGCACAUCAUGCCGCUGGUGGAACUCGUCCCGUCGCCGUCCACGCUUGCGGCCGAGGUGGCGUUCGCGACGGAAUACUUCCUCUCGCUGCGCAGCGGCCACCGUCCGAUCACGAUCCACAAGGAGACCAAGGGCUUCGUCGCCAACCGGCUGAGCUUCAUCCUGCUCCGCGAAGCGUGCCACUUGGUCAAUCAAGGUGUCGUGUCCGUGGCGGAGCUGGAUGAGAUCAUGCGCGCGAGCCUGGGCCCGCGAUGGGCGGUCAAGGGCGUCUUUGAGAUGUAUGGUUUCGGUGGCGGGACCAGGGGCAUGGCUGGAUUUUUGGACACCAUUGGUGGGAGUAUUGGGGAGGUUUGGGAUGAUGCUGGGGGGUUGGAGUUUAGGGAUAAUGAUCAGGCUGAGGAUAACGGGAUGGGAUGGAAGGACGUCGUGAUCGCGCAGACGGAUGAGGCCUAUGGGUUGCCUACCGCCCCAGGGAUUAGGAGGAGAGAUGAGGGUUUGAGGGCCGUGGUGAAGUGUCAGAGGGAGAUUGAUGCUGCGGUGGCGGGGGAAGAGAAGGGGGGAGGGAGAGAGAGUGAGAGAGCGGGAGAGAGGGAUAAGGCUUAG